UAGUAGCUCCUGCAAACCCUAGAACGGCUCCUCGACGGCGUCCAACUUCCAGGUGAGGAUUUAUCCGCGAAGCGACUAAUGGCUCCAAAAGCUGAAAAGAAGGCUGAUCCAAAGGCUCAGGCCUUGAAGACUGCAAAAGCAGUGAAGUCAGGGCCAGCCUUUAAGAAGAAGGCCAAGAAGAUCAGGACCAAGGUUACAUUUCAUCGCCCAAAGACACUGAAGAAGGAUAGGAACCCCAAGUAUCCUCGUAUCAGUGCUCCACCAAGGAACAAGCUCGAUCACUAUCAGAUUCUCAAAUUUCCCCUCACUACGGAGUCUGCAAUGAAGAAGAUUGAAGACAACAACACUCUGGUCUUCAUCGUGGACAUUCGUGCUGAUAAGAAGAAGAUAAAGGAUGCUGUGAAGAAGAUGUACGAUAUUCAGGCCAAGAAAGUGAACACCUUGAUCAGGCCUGAUGGUACAAAGAAGGCUUAUGUAAGGUUGACUCCAGAUUACGAUGCCUUGGAUGUGGCCAACAAGAUUGGAAUUAUCUAAGCUAUCUUGUGUUGUUCUCUUUCAAGCAUUUGCACUUUAUUUUGUUCCAAAAACGGCUCUGUUAAGGUUUUAAACAAGGAGACUAUUCAUAUUUAGUCUUGAGGUUGUAAUCUUACAUAAACUCCUAGUUAGUAGUCUGUGGUUUAUCUUGACUUCCGUAAAUUCCAAGGUUUUUGAUUUAUUGCUUUUUGAGUCAUUCUUAUGCAAUGUGGUAUCACUUGUUUGGUAAAAGGAUUUGGGGGGCAUAAUUUCCAACU